AUGAGGAAGGCAACGGUGGAGGCGGCGGUGGUAUGUACAACGGUGGUGUGUGCGGCGUUAGCGAUGUUGGAUGUCUAUGUCCACUUAAAUUCGAGCCAAUUGAAGGAUUUUGGCUGCUUAUUCGAGACAAAUGUGACGUUUAAAAGUCGAAUUGAGGUAAUAAAUUUUGCUAGAGAUAUCGGAAAAAUGCACAAAAUAGGUGUAGCUAUUAUCACUUCAAGGGGAGGUGCAGGCAACGGAUCUAGAGAAGCAUAUGUAUGGUUUGGAUGUGAAAGAUCUUUACCUUAUCGUAGGAAUAUUUAUAGUGUGCAGGUAAAUACCAAGCGUAACACCGGAUCCGAGAGAUGUGAGUGUCCAUUUCGUCUUAAUGGAAAGGAAAUGGUUGGAGGAACUUGGAGAUUGUUUGUAGCCGAUGGAAAUCACAAUCAUGAUUUUCCUGCAUAUAAUGUGGGUCGUUCGAUAAUGAGUAGGUUGACCAAGGAUGAGGAGAAUAAAACAAGGGAGAUGACUUGA